AAAUUUCAACAUGAUCAAAUUUAAACCUUCAAAAUAGAGCUUCACCCUUAAUAGAACAAUUAACUUUUUUUCAUGAUCACACCUUAAUAAUUUUAGUUAUAAUUACUAUUUUAGUUGGUUAUUUAAUAUUUAUAUUAUUUUUUAAUAAUUAUACUAAUCGAAAUUUAUUACAUGGACAAACUAUUGAAAUUAUUUGAACUAUUUUACCUGCUAUUAUUUUAUUAUUUAUUGCUUUUCCUUCUUUACGAUUAUUAUACUUAUUAGACGAAAUUAAUGAGCCUUUAGUUACAUUAAAAACAAUUGGUCAUCAAUGAUAUUGAUCAUAUGAAUAUUCUGAUUUUAUAAAUAUUGAAUUUGACUCUUAUAUAAUUCCAACAAAUGAAUUAAAUAUUAAUAAUUUUCGACUUUUAGAUGUAGAUAAUCGAGUUAUUUUACCUAUAAACUCUCAAAUUCGAAUCUUAGUAACUGCUGCAGAUGUAAUUCAUUCUUGAACAAUCCCAGCUUUUGGUGUAAAAGUUGAUGGGACUCCAGGACGUUUAAAUCAAACUAAUUUUUUUAUUAAUCGUUCUGGGCUAUUUUAUGGACAAUGUUCUGAAAUUUGUGGAGCUAAUCAUAGAUUUAUACCUAUUGUAAUUGAAAGUAUCCCAACUAAUUUUUUUAUUAAAUGAAUCAUAAAUUAUUCU